AUGAAUCCUAAUAAUUUACAAACUCUUAAGAAAAAGCGAGGUAAUAUAAAAGGUCAAAUUACGCGUUUUGAAAAUUUUAUAAAUAACUUCAAUGAUGAGUAUGAUCAAUUAAAAGUACGAAUGGCACAAUGUCAAAGGUUGUGGCAAGAAUUCGAUGAGGUUCAAAUGCAAAUAGAGAUGCAUGAGGAGGUUAAUGGCGAGGACACAAACGUUGACGAACGUGCGGAGUUUGAAGAUAAAUAUUAUCAAGUGAUUGCAAAUGCAAACGGCAUUUUAGAAUUAAAUUUGACUAAUUCAAACUCAGCACAAUCCAUUCAACAGGUGGUUCCACACCAUAUUCCAGGUAUUAAAUUUCCGAAAAUAGAUUUACCUACUUUUACCGGUAAUUAUGAUGAAUAUAUGAGUUUUCAUGACUCUUUCAAUGCCUUGAUAAAUGACAAUCCUACUUUAAGCGAUAUAGAGCGAUUUCAUUAUCUUCGCAGUUCUUUAAAGAAUGAGGCAGCUGAUGUGAUAUCUGGUCUUGAAACUACUUCUCCAAACUAUCACAUAGCAUGGAAGUUGCUCAAGGAUAGAUAUCACAAUAAACGCCUCAUUAUACACAAUCACGUAAAGGCAAUUUUUGAACUACCUCAGUUAAGCAGAGAGUCACAUGUCAGUAUGAGGCAAUUAUUAGAUAAUUUUAAUAAAAAUUUGAGAGCACUAGAAUCAUUGCAAGAGCCUGUUGACAAAUGGGACACUCUACUUAUAUACUUAAUUUGUUCAAAGCUUGACAAUUCCACCAGAAGGGAGUGGGAGGUAGUCUCGGAACCCUUAACUAUACCUUCAACAAAGGAUUUUACCGAUUUUCUUCAUAAAAGGUGCAUUCUGUUACAAACAAUAAAUUAUAAAAAACCGGAAAAUAAAUCACAAAGUCCAUCUAAUAUCUCAUCUUUCAAAAAUACAAAAAGUUUUAAUCAUAAAGAGCAAUCUCAAAAUUAUUUUGCGAUGGCCGCGUGUGUCAUAUGUAAACAAACUCACAAAAUUACAAUUUGCGAUAAGUUUUUAAGUUUGUCUCCGAAGACGCGAUACGCUGAGGCUAAGAAACAUAAGUUAUGCGCAAAUUGCCUUGGUGCUGGUCACUCAUAUCAGACAUGCACAACCGAAAACCUUUGCAUGGUUUGUAAUAAAAAACAUCAUGUACUCUUGCAUUUUGAAAAUAAUAAAAGCACUGAUAAUCCAGUUCAAGAAAAAUCAGUAUCAGCUCAUACUACCUUCAAAAAUGAUGAGAUUUUGUUAUCGACAGCAAUUGUUUUUAUGUGUGAUAGUUCUGGUAGAUAUCACCAAUGUAAGGUCCUACUGGACUCAGGUUCGCAGAGUAACUUCAUUACGAAAGAACUAUGUGAGAAACUUAAUUUGUCUAAGCAAACAUUAAACCUUGCGGUCUCAGGGCUGAGUAAAGCUUCUCUAGACAUUUCCCAUAAAGUACAGGCAACCAUUAAAUCUGUUCACAAUAAUUUCCAAACAGAUCUCUCCUUUUUGGUAAUAGAUCAAAUUACGGAUAAUCUGCCUUUGAACACCAUUGACUUUUCGAAUCUUCAGAUACCAGAAAAUAUAAAAUUGGCUGAUCCAUCGUGCAAUGUGCCAUCCAAAAUUGAUGCUUUACUCGGCGCAUCAAUUUUUUGGAGUUUGCUGUGUAUUGGACAGAUAAAAUUAACAAAUUCUCAGAUUAUUGCGCAAAAGACCAAAUUGGGAUGGAUUCUAUCGGGUCAAGCUAACAUUUCAGUAAAUAUCCCAAGCAAGACAGUGUGUCAUUUUUCUAUCAAUUCAGAACUACAAAAGCAAUUAGAAAACUUUUGGCGAAUAGAACACGUCGAAUCAUCACCAGUUUGGUCCCUAGAGCAAAAGGCUUGUGAGAAUGAUUUUGUAUUAAAUCAUAAACGUGAAGAAAAUGGAAGAUUUUCAGUUCAACUGCCAUUAAAAAUAGACAGUUCAAAGUUAGGCGAGUCAAAAUCAAUGGCCUUAAAGCGGUUUAAGUCUUUAGAAAAACGGUUGCGCAGUAACACUGAGUUACACGCACAAUAUGCCGACUUUCUUGAUGAAUAUCAAACGCUAGGCCACAUGUCAGAAGUUCAUACUGAAGAUCCAACGUUGAAUUAUCUCCCGCAUACUUGUGUUUUUAGAGAGUCCUCGUCAACUACCAAGGUCAGGGUUGUGUUCGACGCUUCUGCGAAAACGGAAUCAGGAUUAUCACUUAAUGACGCACUCAUGACAGGGCCUACAAUUCAACAGGAUCUGUUUUCCAUUAUACUUAGAUUCCGAAAACAUCAAUAUGUCAUAACAGCUGAUUGUGCAAAGAUGUACCGCCAAGUAAAUGUGCAUGAUAAUCAGCGACAUCUUCAAUCAAUUCUUUGGAGGAAGAAUGCUGAUGAGCCUCUGAAGGCUUACACUUUAAACACAGUGACUUAUGGUACUUCGUGUGCGCCUUUUUUGGCAGUCAGAUGUCUGCAUCAAUUAGCUCUUGAAAAUCAAAAACGGAACCCCAAAAUAAGUAAUGUAAUCAAAGAAGAUUUCUAUGUGGAUGAUCUAAUCUCUGGAGGCGACACCAUAGAAGAUGUGCUUCAAAUUAAAAAAGAUAUCACAGGCAUCUUAUCUCAAGGACUUUUCGAACUGAGAAAAUGGAAAUCCAACGAGGCUUCAAUUAUUGAGCCAAACAUGCCAGAAAAUAACCAACUGUAUUUUUCGGAAAAUAAAGAGACGAAAACACUCGGAAUUGUGUGGAAUAGUGAGGAUGACACCUUUCAGUACAGUUUACAUGCCAUUUGCGAUAGAAAGAAAUACGUAACCAAACGAACUAUUUUGUCUUUUAUAUCCAAAAUUUUUGACCCGCUUGGAUUGAUAGGGCCCAUAAUAAUAAGGGCAAAAAUUCUAAUCCAGCAAUUAUGGCAACUCUCCCUCGACUGGGAUGAGAGUGUGCCCUCACAAAUUUACACUGCCUGGAAAUAUUAUCAGGAUCAAAUCAUAUCGCUGAAAAAUAUUUCAAUAUCUCGCCAUGUGAUGUGUCAUCGUCCAAUCAAGGUCGAAAUGCAUUCAUUUUGUGACGCAUCCGAAUCUGCUUACGGAGCAUGCGUUUACCUAAGAUCACAGGAUGCUUCUGGAGUGUAUAACUGCAAUUUACUCUGCGCAAAAUCCAGAGUGGCUCCGUUGAAAACCAUGACUCUGCCACGUUUAGAGCUGUGCGGAGCGUUACUAAGUGCAAAAUUAAGUAGCCUUGUAACCAAGUCGUUGAAAUUGCACGUAGACCAAUUUUUCUAUUGGUGCGAUUCCAGUAUAACACUCACUUGGAUCCUCGAUGAGCCUCACAAAUGGAAGACAUUUGUUGGAAAUAGAGCUGCGGAGAUUCAAGAUUUGACCGAUAAAUACAGUUGGAAACAUGUACGCUCGGAAGAUAACCCUGCGGACAUAAUUUCGCGAGGCAUCAACCCGACCGAAUUAAACGAUUCCCAGUUGUGGUGGCACGGCCCGCAUUGGAUGCAAUGGGAGAGUUACAAGUGGCCCACAAGUAUGCCAAUAAAGAUAUCUGAAGUUCCGGAAAGGAAAAAUAUUAGUAAGGUUAUGGUUGUUACUAAACCUGAUACGUCAUUAUUUGACAGAUUUUCUUCUUUUUUAAAGUUUCAGAGAGUUGUGGCAUAUAUUUUGCGGUUUAAAAAUAACACAUUAAAGAUUUCGCCUCAAAAAGGCCCUUUAACAACGCAAGAACUCGACAACUCGUUGAAAUGUCUGGUGAAGCUUGCUCAACAGCACGAAUUUCGCGAAGAAAUAUCCAGUCUGAAAAAUAAGCGCGCUGUAAAUAUUAAAAGUAAACUAAGAAAUUUAAAUCCAUUCAUGGACAAUGAGGGUGUACUAAGAGUGGCGGUAGAUUGA